UGGAGGUCGAAAAAUUUCUGAAAGAGAGCGAGCAAGGUGGCCCAGAAAUUAGACUGAGUAUGCGGGUGCCCAGGGCUCUGAUCACUGCAAAGCCAGACGCAUACAUUCCUAAAUUGGUGUCUCUCGGUCCCUACCACCACCGUUCUCUGCAAGAAGAACCCAUUGGCCCCUACCACCAACGCCUCAGCCAUCUUUCUCAGAUGGAUUUUUACAAGCUCAACUCUACAAGAGAUGCAACAAGAAACAAGUCCAUCGAGGAUUUCUUCACAAAAAUAGAAGAGAAGGCAUCAGAAUUUGAGCAGUUCUAUGACUGGAAGAUUGGCGACGAAGAAAAGUUCGGGUGGAUGAUGAUGGUAGACGGCCUCUUCCUCUACCAGUUUCUCAAAAAUGGGCUCCAUCUUCUUCAACGCGAGGGAAGUCAAAGACACAACAGGUGCGGUGAAAUUCUUACCCCCACACUCACAAGUAUCAGGUGUGAUCUUGUGAAGCUGGAAAAUCAGAUCCCACUUUUCCUUCUCACCGAAAUCGACAAGGACAUUCUUAAGGUUCUCAGCUCUGGUAUUUCUAAUUUCUCUUGCUUUCAAGUAUGUCAUGAUGUGGAUGUUGACUAUAAAGGAGAACAUCAUCUCCUAGGUUGCAUGCACAAAUAUUUGUCCUCCUUGCAGAUUCAUAAGUCAGAUGAUAGGAAUCCCACAUGCUACGAGAGCAUCAUGACAACUAUUGGCGACAUGAUUUCCGCCACCUUUUCUCUCUUCUGUACUCACCCAGCUAAACUAGGCCGUGAUGAUUUCCUAGACAAAUACAACGCGAAAGAGCUCGCCAAGGCUGGAAUCAAAUUCCAACCUGGGUCUGAUAAAAUCAAAUUUGACAAGCAUACGGACACUCUUUUUCUUCCCAAGAUUGUAAUUUCAGACACCUACACAGAAGUAAUGAUGAGGAAUUUGCUGGCGCUAGAGUUCAACGACGCCGUUCGGUCCAAACAUGUGACUCGGUACGUGGAAUUGAUGGACUGCCUCAUCGACACACCAGAGGAUGUUGCCCUGCUGCGUGAAAGCAACGUGAUUGAACGGCAUAGCAUGAUGAUAACGGAUGAGUACGUGGCCAAGAUGUGGGAUGGCAUGGCGAAUCGUCUGUUUUUUGCAGGGUUUCUGGAGCAUGCGCAAGAGCUGAAAGCAGGAAUCAGUGAAACGCUGAUCAAGAACUUUUACAGAAGCAAGUUAAGUAAUACGUGGGCCGAGUUUCAUGGGGAACAUCUCUCAAGACCGUGGAAGGCACUGGCGUUGUUGACUGCCAUUCUUGUUGUUGGCCUCACCGCAUUACAAACCUACUGUUCUUUUGCUGAUUGCCAGAAGAGAUCCUAAUGAUUUAAAUGAGGAUACCAGUCGCAUAAAUUGAUAGAAUUGUGGGCAUAAAUUGUUGGGGGUGUGUUGUUUUAUGUGUUAGUAAGUUGCUUAUAUGGUGAGUGGGUAUAUAUAUUGAGAGUUGGAUUCUAUUAUUACAGUGUAUUAAGAUUAAAUUAUGUAUUACUGUAUUUUCUCUCAAAUAUAUAGAC